AUGAAGGAAGAAUUGCCUGACUCUAUUGCUACACUUGCUAGCGACGAUGCAGCUGUUAGAGAGACGGAGCCGCAAGAAGGGGGCACUCGCGCAUGGCUCACUGUGGUCGGCUCUGCGCUAGUCUAUUUCGCUUCAUUUGGCUUCAUGAAUAGCUUUGGGUUUUUUCAAGACUUCUAUCAAGCUAAUUACCUGUCCAACUAUCCUCCCUCUACCAUGGCUUUUAUUGGCACGCUCCAGAUCUCCCUGAUGUACGUCAUGGGUUCAGUUGCCGGCUCACUUUUUGACUCGUACGGGUUAAAGUGGUUGUAUCCGGUCGGAGCUCUAGGCUGUUACGGCUCCCUUAUCGGCCUUUCCUUUUCGCAAAAAGGGGCUAUAUGGCAACAAUUCCUCUCGCAGGGUGUCCUCUUUGGUUUGACGGUGGGCUUUGGUGUUCAACCCGCCCUCGCCGUCGCAGGCCAGCACUUCAAGCAGCGACGUGCUCUAGCCAUGGGGAUGGUUGCUGCGAUUCGAAGCUCUGUGGCUAGCUUAGGUCUGUACGUCCCGUACUACUACAUCGAGUCCUACACGACCCUCUACCACCCCUCGGCCCCCAUCCACAGCUAUCUGUUGCCACUAAUUAAUAGUGCCAGUUUUUUUGGCCGCAUCGUCGGCGGCUUCUUAGCCGACAGGGUAGGCCUGCUUAACCUGCUGUAUCCGAUGACAUUCAUUUCGGGCGUCUUUUGUUUAGCCAUAUGGUUGCCAGCCGACAAUGUCGCCACCAUCGUCGCCUUUGUAUGUCUCUAUGGGUUCUCUUCGGGCAUCUUUAUUAGCGUUACACCCGCCGCGGUUGCGCAGAUCUCGCCUAACGACCGGAUCGGCGCCCGGAUCGGUGCAUUUUUCACGCUCGCGGCCGUUGCCACGCUCAUUGGUACGCCGAUUGCCGGGGCCCUUGUAGACGAGAAUGUGGAUAAUGGGUAUAGGAAUGUAAUCCUCUUUGCUGGCCUUACACUCAGCAUCGGCAGCGUUUUCAUUCUUUGUUCUCGAAUUAUAUGUGAGAAGGACCUACGGAGGAAGUGGUAG